AUGAAGCGGCGGAGCGCGGACUGCAGCAAACUGCGGAGGCCGCUCAAACGGAACCGCAUCACCGAGGGAAUUUACGGCAGUACUUUUCUGUAUCUGAAGUUCCUGGUAGUCUGGGCCCUGGUACUGCUGGCAGAUUUUGUCCUGGAGUUCAGAUUUGAGUACCUGUGGCCAUUCUGGCUCUUUAUCAGGAGUGUUUACGAUUCCUUCAGAUACCAGGGCUUGGCCUUUUCAGUAUUUUUUGUUUGUGUAGCAUUCACAUCCAAUAUAAUCUGCCUGCUCUUCAUACCAAUCCAAUGGCUGUUUUUUGCUGCCAGCACCUAUGUUUGGGUACAGUAUGUCUGGCACACAGAGAGGGGGGUGUGCUUACCAACAGUAUCACUCUGGAUACUUUUUGUUUAUAUUGAGGCAGCCAUUAGAUUUAAAGACUUAAAAAACUUCCAUGUCGACCUUUGUCGUCCCUUUGCAGCACACUGUAUUGGUUACCCUGUGGUGACUUUGGGCUUUGGCUUUAAAAGUUAUGUCAGCUACAAAAUGCGCCUAAGAAAACAAAAAGAGGUGCAGAAAGAGAAUGAAUUCUACAUGCAGCUCCUCCAGCAAGCCCUGCCCCCAGAGCAGCAGAUGCUACAAAGGCAAGAGAGGGAGGCAGAGGAAGCAGCCAAAGGAUUAUCUGAGAUGGAUUCCUCGAUGCUUCUGCAACACAAUGGAGGCAUUCCAACCAACAAGAAAUUAUCUGCAACGUUGCCAGAGCUGGAAUAUAGAGAAAAAGGGAAAGAAAAGGACAAGGAUGCCAAGAAACACAACCUUGGGAUAAACAACAAUAUUUUGCAACCUGUAGACUCUAAAAUCCAAGAAAUCGAAUAUAUGGAGAACCAUAUCAAUAGCAAAAGGUUGAAUAAUGAUCUUGUAGGAAGUACAGAAAACCUCUUGAAAGAGGACUCAUGCACUGCCUCCUCCAAGAACUACAAAAAUGUCAGUGGGGUGGUGAACUCCUCCCCCCGCAGCCACAGCACCACCAACGGCAGCAUCCCCUCCUCCUCUGCCAAGAACGAGAAGAAGCAGAAGUGUGCCAGCAAGAGCCCCAGCACACACAAGGACUUAAUGGAGAACUGUAUUCCUAACAACCAGCUAAGCAAACCAGAUGCACUGGUAAGGUUGGAACAAGACAUCAAAAAGCUAAAGGCUGACCUGCAGGCCAGCAGGCAGAUCGAGCAGGAGCUGCGCAGCCAGAUCAGCUCUCUGAGCAGCACGGAGCGGGGGAUCCGGUCUGAGAUGGGCCAGCUCCGGCAGGAGAACGAGCUGCUGCAGAACAAAUUACACAACGCUGUACAGAUGAAACAAAAAGACAAACAGAUGAUCAGCCAGUUGGAGAAGAAGCUAAAGGCAGAGCAAGAGGCACGAGCCUUUGUAGAAAAACAGCUAAUGGAAGAGAAGAAAAGAAAGAAGUUGGAAGAGGCAACCGCUGCGCGUGCUGUCGCCUUUGCUGCUGCCACCAGAGGAGAAUGUACUGAAACUUUACGAAAUCGUAUCCGAGAGCUGGAGACAGAGUGCAAGAAGCUGACAAUUGACAUAAAGCUGAAAGAAGAUCAGAUCAGAGAGCUAGAAAUGAAAGUUCAGGAGCUGAGGAAGUACAAGGAAAACGAGAAGGAUACAGAGGUGUUAAUGUCAGCACUUUCAGCCAUGCAGGAUAAAACACAGCACUUAGAGAACAGCCUGAGUGCAGAGACCAGAAUCAAGCUGGAUCUGUUCUCUGCAUUAGGAGAUGCAAAACGGCAGCUUGAGAUUGCCCAAGGGCAAAUCAUUCAAAAAGAUCAGGAAAUCAAGGACCUCAAACAGAAGAUUGCAGAAGUCAUGGCAGUGAUGCCCAGCAUCACCUACACUGCAGCCACCAGCACUCUGAGUCCUGUUUCCCCACACUACUCUUCCAAAUUCGUGGAGACCAGCCCCUCUGGACUUGAUCCCAAUGCCUCUGUUUAUCAGCCCUUGAAGAAAUGA